AUGAAUUCGUUUUGCCAGACAGACACUUAGAUUCUGGUGCCAAACAGAAGUCGAAACGCUACGAGAAAACACCAGUUCAAUGGUUAAAUGAUAUUCCUGAAAACAAUUUACUGAAUGAGGAAAACACGUGUAAGUCUGAUAAAGCGAGUGUUAACCUGUCAUCCUCACUCAAAGACUCAGACCUAGAAGCAACCCAAUUCAAGACGGGUCGAACUUGUGAUGAGCAAAAUGACAAAGUACUUUGCAACAAUACGGCUUUCCUUAUGAGAU